UUGUCAAAAACUUUAGUGGCGUUUCGCAAUUGUCAACAAGUUACUAAUUCUUUUUAUUUGCUAAAUUGCUUAUUUAUUAAGAUAAAAUAUUAAAGUAUCUUAAGUAAAGAUGUCGGAACGAAAAGUUUUAAAUAAAUACUAUCCUCCGGACUUCGAUCCGUCAAAAAUUCCUCGCAUGAAAUUGGCGAAAAAUCGCCAAUACACCGUUCGUUUGAUGGCACCUUUCAAUAUGCGCUGCGUUACAUGCGGUGAAUACAUCUACAAAGGAAAGAAGUUCAAUGCCCGUAAAGAAGAUGUUGAAAAUCAAGAUUAUUUAGGCAUAAGGAUUUAUAGGUUUUACAUUAAAUGCACAAGAUGUCUUCAAGAGAUAUCAUUUAAAACAGACCCUAAGAACACAGAUUACGAAAUAGAGGCGGGUGCAACAAGAAACUUUAUGGCUUUAAAACUGGCUGAGGAGCAAGCUAAACGGGAAGAGGAGGAACAGAAAGAAGAAGAGGCAAAUAAUCCUAUGAAAUUAUUAGAGUACAGAACUGAGCAAUCAAGACAAGAGAUAGAGCUUUUAGAGAGUCUGGAAGACCUAAAAGAAUUGAACAGACGACAACAGUCAGUUGACUAUGAGAGUAUGUUGAAACAAUAUAAAUCCGAGAGUGUGGAAGAAAGGAAAGCGAGGGAGGAGCGAGAAGACAAUGAAUUCAUUAAAUCAGUAAAAUUCAACAAUCCGAAUAAACACAAAGUAGUUGCUGAAGAGAUCAUAGAGGAAAUCCAAGAUGAAGGUGAACCAGCAACAAAGAGUAUUAAAAUGGAAAUACCGCAAACAAAACAGAAUGACGCGAAAAAGAAUGAAUCAUGGAACAGAAGUAUAGGUGUUAUAGCAAGGAAGCCAUUGGUUAAUCUAGUUAAAAAGAAAUCAAGUGAACCUAUCAUUAAAACCAUAGACAAGAAUAAAGAUAUCAGUGACACAGAUAAAAAACCAGAGACUAAGUCAAGUGAUGUGUCCAGUGUUGCCAGUGGCAGUGGCGGACUUUCCCUAUUGGCUGGAUAUUCAGGCAGUGACAGUGACUCCUGAAUCAGGAAUAAUAAUCAGAAGACAGCUAUAGUAUGGACAUGAUGACAUUCUCGAGGAAGGCGAUAUAAGAAUUACCGGUGAGGGAGUAGAUCACACAUCAAUACAAGAUCUAGAAGCGAUUAAGGUAAACUUUCUAAUCCCCGUCUACUCCUUUUGUUUCGGCCGUGAAAUUACAGUAGUAUAGUGUUAUGUCGAUUGUUAAUAUAGCAAUUCAGUAAAAGUUUUUAAUCUAUUUAUAGUAAUGUUUAAAUAUAUAAAGUUUUGAACAUUAAGUGGGUGUAGGUGAGUAUUUUUAGUCGAGAUAGGCGAUUGUUCGUGGGGCAAACGGUGCCGGCGUGGUGCGGUGUGGCGAUGCUGGUUGCAUUCCACUUUGCCGCGUUCCAUUACGCAGCCCGGCCCGCUCGCCGCUCGCCGCUCGCUACUCGCCGUGGCCGCUCGCCCUUCCGAGAAAACACUGAUGUCCCUCUCGCACUAAGCAUUCAACUUUAUUGCCUAUGUUUUGGAAUUCUGUUCAUUGUUUGUACUUAGCCCGUUUCAAUGCGAGUACCUAAUGAGGCAACAUUUAAACUGACAAACAUCCGGUCAAAGGUCGAACACAUUUUUUUAUUUACCUACCGUCACACUCAAAUUUCAAAUCUGAAAAAUCAUAGUUACACUGUUAUAAUUUGCUAAUGUCUAGAGAUUUAUAAAAAUAAAUGCAUAACUAAUGUAUGU